UUUAUCAACAUGGACUAUUAAACAUGGACUACUAAUAAUAGAAGUAUAAUAAGUAUAGAAUAAUAUUUUAUUGAUUUUAACAUUUUUAAGAUCCUUCAGUAUCGGUAAAUAUUGAUAAAAAAAUGGCCAAUACUUUGAAGCAGCUUGUAGCUGGAGCUUUAGAUGUCGACGUCUUUCGAAAGCAUUUGAAUGGUGAACAAUUGCUGAAUGAUAACAAUGGAGGUCCUGGGCAAGUGAAUUUAAAAAUGUCUGAGUUUGUUGCAUAUUUUUUGAACUAUAUUCGUGAAGAAUCUUCAUGCCACUUCACAUGUGACCUUCCUGUCAUAUCGCCCAAGAAAAUAAAGAAGAAGAAAUUCAGGCCACCCAAAUAUCAUUCUCCACCAUCUGUCAACAGUAAUAACUCAACAAAAAGCAGUGCAAGGGGGAGUUUAUUCUCUACUCCUCCAUCAGGAAAAGUGAACAAUAUUACACUAAGUCCAGUUGAAGGAAGGCAGACAAAGUGCAUUAAGGGAACACCAAAAAAGUCAUCUCCUUUAACCAAUUGGAACUCAAGUGGGAAUGAAAAAAGUAAAGUAUUACAUGUGACAUCAACACCAGUGAAAUUUAAUUUGGAUGAAGAUUUCCCAUCCAUCAACUCACAGAAUUUAUCUGGAAGGAAAAGUUCAACACCAUCCCAACGGAUCACACCAACUCGGCGUAUUACACCAACACCAGCUAAUGCCAGAAGAGAUUCAUCAAAUCUUACCAACAGUUUCACAUUUGAAACUUCCUUUGGAUCCGAGCACUCAUCUUCUACAGAGAAAUUCAAACAUGGAUAUAAACAUAAUAGUGGUUCAGCUAGUCCUAAAAAUACCCGCAAAACCAAGGUGAAGUUAAAGCUAGAAGACUUCAUGCAGCAAGGAUGCGGAAAUAGAACAUCAGCUUGCCAAAAUGAUGAAAUCAAUCAUAAUCUUUCCUGUUCUCAAUACAACAGUAAAGAUGAAUGGGGUGAUUCUCAAGAUAUGGAGAGAAAUUCAAGCUAUACUGACACCUCAAUAGAUUUAAAUUCAAGUACAGAUUCUGUAUUGGCAAAAAGAGAAUUUGUUACAGGAUACGAUGUUCUUGAACGUUUAGCUGAUGUUCAUUCAUUUUGUAUUCUAGAGAAUCUGGUGCCAAACAUUGUAGUUGAGAUGUGUUUCAUACUUCAACUUUUAACAGUGAAAGGAGAAAAUGUUCAAGAAAAUGACCACGUUACGUCGGGGUAUCUUAAGAGCGUCCAUAACUGUGUUUUUUACGCCGUUCGUGUGCUUGAAAACUUGCUAGGAAUUAUCAAACUUCUCGACAAAGGAACUUUACGAUUGCUCUUGGACAACACGAGGAUUACGGAAUUUUCAAGAAAUUUUAACGAAGAGUUAAAGAUACUCUAUCCAACAGUAUUGAUGAGUAAUGUACCUUAUUCAUUGUUGAAAUCACCGUUGAACAGCGUUCCAUUUCAAGCAAGCAUCGACAAUCGUAACAAUUUCUCGUCGGAUUUAGCCUUCCACUGUUUCAAAAGACAAAGGGACACGUUUUAUGAAAUAGUCCGGGAAUGGGAAGAGCAUUGUGGUAAACCAGGCUGGUCUUUGGAAGAAAAAUUAGGAGAUAAAAUACGCUAUGUUGUUAAUCAGAAGCCUGGAUCAUCAAACUAUGUUCAUUUUGCAAGACUAUUCCAAACACAGUUAAUACAGAUGUGUUGCUACGAGAACACUCUGCCGAACUUUAGCGAGGGAGCAUCGCCAGAAUUCGUUGGAAAUCUUUUCAAAUCAAAUCCGGAGAAAUUUUUCAGACUUCAGCAACGACUAGUUGCUCCCCAGUCAACAACAGCGGGGCCAUGCCCUUCUCCUGGUUUUACGGAAACUGAAGAAUUUUUUCGUGAAUUCAUUGUUGCUGCGAUGAGCCCUUCGUUCAACAGAUAUUUAAUCGACAGUCUUAUCGUCAAGAUUAACGAGUUAAACAACGUGGGGUUAGAUGAAGAACUUGAGGAUUCAAUUGAAGAUGAUAUGGUAAAAGAUGACGAAAGCUGCAAACUUCAAGUGAAGUUCGCAUCAUGUUUGAUCACGCUAAGAACUCUGGGAAAAUUUCUGGGUUUUCUCGUGUUUUCUCCUUAUCACAACAGUUCAGGUUUACCAACAGCGGUGAUGGAAACGGUAAUAAAAGCCAGAAAUCAGAUUUCACAGCAGAUAGACCUAAUGUGUUACUUGAAAAAAGCGCGUGAUGAACAGAGACUGGUGAUGACAUUACCCUGGGUGAUUGAAUAUCUGAGUAUGAUGGAUAGUGUUUCUCCGUUUCUGGAUUACUACAGCAAAGUUUUUGAUUUCCUACAUCAUAUUUACAGAAAUAUGUUGUCUCAAAAUUCCUCUCCCAAUAUGAAUCGCAAUAGCUUAAUGUUGAGCGUGGCUUUAGGUUGGUUGUUUGAGAUUCCUGUUAUUCCAGAAACGAUGUUCACGAAUUUUUCCGAGAGGAUGUCCUGUGAUUCUGAAUUGAGAAAUUCGACCUCGGCAUUGGAUAAGAUGAACUUGGUUGACCAACAUCUUUUAUAUACAUGCUGUCCCUACCUUGGUGAACUUCGUUCAAUUCUGGCUCAAGCAGUCGUCGGAAAGGCAAAACGAGGCUAUAUGAAGAAGAUCAAACCAGUUUGCGCCGAUGAUGUGGAAGCUUUGCCAUCGUCACGUCCCGUGUUACAGACAAAACUUGAAGAUAACUUCUUUCGAAAUCAACCUGAAUUUCUGAGAAAAGAUGCUGACUUCGUUGCAAAAAGACUGUAUCAAAAUAUAGUGAAUAUAAUCAAGAACGAUGUAAUCCCUUCUGAAAUCGAACGGGCAAAACAAAAGUUAGUUACUGAGACAACAUUUAAUGUGAAUAAUUGGCAGGAGGUGAAUAAGGACGAAUUUAAGGAAAAACAGAAAAUAUUGGUGAUGAAAUUAUGCAACAAAACAGCUGAUGGAGUUUUGGAGAAAAUAUCAUCUGAAGUGAACGAGGAGUGUAAAUCGCGAUGUUUUGUUGCUGUUCAAAGCCUAAGCCCCCACAAUAUGAAUGAAAUAGUUAUAAAGACCACAUCAGGAAUCGUUCAUCAAUCGACCAUGAACAAACUGAAGGAAUGGUCACAUCAAAAUAUCUCAUCAAUUAUCGAAAAACUUGUUCGCCGAGAUAUGGAUAAAACGAUAACAAGAAAGCAAAGUAUCCCUGAAAAUAUUUACAGGGCACACGCACAAGAUUGUGAUCAUCCUUUUAACUGGUUUUAUCAACAACUGCUUGACAAGGAAUGUGAAGUGUAGUAUAAGGAAGCGGCUUCUGCGUGAGACCAGCAAUGCAGGCGGUGCGUGAAGUAUGACGUCACUAAUUCUUAAUUAUUAUAAUUUAUUACCAACUUUUUAGUUAUUUAUUUUUCCACGUGGAGAAGGAGGUUGCGCCCGCGAUAACCUGGCAUGUUUUAAAAUGCGGACUAUACUGGACUGGACCGGAAAAGCGCGAACUUGUAAAUCACGGACUUUUAAAUGACGGACUCAGUCCGUUAUAUAAAACGCGGACUUGUAAAGUGCGGACUUGUAAAUAACGGACUAAUAAUAAUAUUUUCCUCAGAUCUCUCCACUAAUUUUCCCUUUCGAAGGAAAAUUCCCAAAAUUUACAAGUCCGCGUUUUAUAUCACGAACUCCGUGGUUCCGUGGUUCCGUGGUUUACAAGUCCGUGAUUUACAAAUCCAGUCUAGUCCGUAUUUUACAACAUGCCCGAUAACCUAUAUAUUUAAAAAUUUCAAUACAUUUUUUAUAAAUGACCACUAUAUAUAACGUUAAAUUAGUGGAUUUUCCAGUGGUGAAACAUGUAGCCGAGUGGUCAAGUCGCUCGUGCGUGUUGUCCCGCUUCCAAUACGAGCUGGUGCUAUUUUGUUUUCUGAAUUUUUUCUUUUUUGCAAACUCCGAAACAGAACUACUGACAACACCUUCAGGUUAGUUUCUUCGGUUAUUCGAGGGUCUUGUUUAUUAGU